AUGUCUGCACUCAAAGAUUACCUUUCGAAAAAAUACCUGGAUCCUGUGGGAUCAGAUAAAUCUGAAAAGAAAACUAAGAAAAAGAAGAGAAAAAAUGAUCCGUCUAAUAAAUCUUCUGGAUCAGUAAUCAAAGAUGAUGAUGAGGGUGAUACCCUGUUAACUGCAAAUAAACCAUCAAAACGCGUUUCUUCCAAAAAUAUGACUUUUGAAGAAUACACAAAACGAAGAAAACUAGAGUACGCGGAUGAUGAAGAAGAAGAAGAAGAAGAAGAAGAAGGAGAGGAGUAUAAUCAAAAUAAGGACAUUACAAAAAUUAAAAAGAAAAAUGCAUGGAAGCGUCUUGAUGGAUCUACAAAAAUGGAAGAACCAGACAAGCAACUUCCAGCAGAUACUUCUGCGCUUUCUUUACACAACAAAUACUACGGCCUUCAAACAGCAGAUCAGAUUGCAGACCAGAUGCGAGAAAAGGCUGAGGCCGAAGCUGCAGUGCGAGCACAACUUGCAACCACUACUGACAUUGAUGCACAUGAUACUGUCCAUCGUGACGCGCAGGGUCGCCGAAUUGAUGAUAUUGAAAGCAUCCGUCAAGCAGAGUUAGAAGCAGAAGCUGCAGAAAAACGAGCACGAGAACAAGCACACAGAAGAAUCAAUGCUGGUGUUGUUCAAUUACGAAUGGAACAAGAAGGUGCACAAGAUAGUAGUGGAACUCGCUACACGCGACACGCUGAUGAUGCCGAACUUAAUGCUCAACAGCGCAGUAAAGUUGACACUUUCCACGACCCUGCUGCAACUUUCCUUAAAAAGAAAAAAACAACAGCUCUUGUCAAAAGCUCUAACACAAAAAGCAGGCAUGCUGAUGAUGGUCUUUCAUGGAAAAUAUAUCCAGGCCCAUACCCGCCAAAUCGGUUUGAUAUUCCACCAGGGAGCAUGUGGGAUGGCGUAGAUCGCUCAAACGGCUUUGAAAAACUAUGGUUUCAAAAAGAAUCACAAGUCAAGGAACUUAAAAAUCGGGAAUACACUUCCUCAUACGAUAUUUAA